CGCGGCCCCCGCCCCGCGGGCAGUGGAGCAGCGGCGGCGCCGUCCCGCAGCCAUCCCGCAUCGCGCCCCGCGCGCACGGGGCCGCCCGCAUGGUGGACGUCCUCCUGCCGCGGCCGCUCCCGGGCGCCAUGGGGGAGCCCUCCAAGAGGCGGCCGGGGCUGGCCCUGUGCGCGGGCUGCGGGGGCCGCAUCCAGGACCCGUUCCUGCUGCGGGUGUCGCCGGACCUGGAGUGGCACGUCGCCUGCCUCAAGUGUGCCGAGUGCGGGCAGCCGCUGGACGAGACCUGCACGUGCUUCCUGCGCGACGGCAAGGCCUACUGCAAGCGGGACUACAGCAGGCUCUUCGGCAUCAAGUGCGCGCAGUGCCGGGCGGCCUUCAGCAGCAGCGACCUGGUGAUGCGCGCCCGCGACCACGUCUACCACCUCGAGUGCUUCCGCUGCGCCGCCUGCGGCCGCCAGCUGCUGCCCGGGGACCAGUUCUGCCUGCGGGAGCGCGACCUGCUUUGCCGUGCCGACCACGGGCCGCUCCCCGACGGCGCCGCCGCCGCCCGCGGGCCGCGCAGCCCCGCGCUGCCGCCGGCUGCCGCCGCGCACCUCGCAGAGCCGGUGCCCGGGCGGCCGCCGGCCCCGCGGCCGCCGGCGCACAAGGCGGCGGAGAAGACGACCCGCGUGCGGACGGUGCUGAACGAGAAGCAGCUGCACACGCUGCGGACCUGCUACGCCGCCAACCCGCGCCCCGACGCCCUGAUGAAGGAGCAGCUGGUGGAGAUGACGGGGCUCAGCCCGCGCGUCAUCCGCGUCUGGUUCCAGAACAAGCGCUGCAAGGACAAGAAGAAGUCCAUCCUCAUGAAGCAGCUGCAGCAGCAGCAGCACGGCGACAAGACGAGCCUGCAGGGCCUCACCGGGACGCCGCUGGUGGCCGGCAGCCCCAUCCGGCACGAGAGCGCCGUGCAGGGCAGCGCCGUGGAGGUGCAGACCUACCAGCCGCCCUGGAAGGCGCUCAGCGACUUCGCCCUGCAGAGCGACCUGGAGCAGCCCGCCGCCUUCCAGCAGCUGGUCUCCUUUUCCGAGUCCGGCUCCUUGGGCACGUCCUCCGGCAGCGACGUGACCUCGCUGUCCUCCCAGCUCCCCGACACCCCCAACAGCAUGGUGCCCAGCCCGGCCGAGACGUGAGGCCGCCCGGCCGCCCGCCGCCGCCGCGGGACUUCCGCAUGCCUGCGCUCCCUGCAUGAGACACCCGGCCCCGGGCCGCUCCCAGAGCGCCGGACAAACGCCUUUGUUUUUUAAUUAUUCUUAUUUAAAAACAAACAAAAAAAUACCUUACUGACGGCCAAAAAGCACCGGGAUUCUCGCUGCCUUCGCCAGACCGGAGAGAGAGCCCCCGCCCCGGUUAUUUCGUUGAUCGGGGGUUUCGCCCUGCGGAUUUCGAUGUUUCCUUUCCCCAAAGAAACGCGCCUUUCCCCG